CAUUACUGUGUUAUCUUAAAUCAGGCUCAAGAUGAAGAAAAUAUAGACGUAUGGUACAUUUAAGACAUUGAGGCUUACUACAUCCUGACUACCAAUAAUGCGUUAACAGUGGAGCAGAUCAUUAUGCAUAUACAUUGAGUCCCUUCCAUUCAUUUUAUCCUUACUUUUGACUCCCGCCCAUCUCCUGCUGGAGAGGAUGGGUGUGGCUGUACAGUGUCAGAUUACACUGACAUUACAGACCUGCUCGACAGGCCCCUCUCCCACUCCCUCUGCACCUUCAUUGGUUGAGACCCAAUCGCUUCAUUGUACCAGCCUGUUUCCUGCAGGCAAAUCUUUUGUCAAAGAGGAAAUGACAUCACAGCAACCAGACAUGCCACAAAAACAGUGAAAACAGAUGAGGAGCAAAUGUCUCUCAGAUGUAUCUUGACUUUCGAGAAGCACACAGUUCAGCUUCUGUUGCAAACCUGUGAAGCAGAACCAUUCGGCCUUAAAACAGCUUUUAGAACGGCACUGAGAAACAAUGUCUGCUGGACACAGAGAGACUCUGCGAGACACUGCAUGUCAAAGUAGAACUCCUGUUUUUUUUUCGAACCCUUUGAUGGGUGAUACUGAAGCAGAUUGGUCUCCAAUUCACGAUGCUGCCUUUAAUGGACGUGUGCUUGCUCUGCAGAGACUCAUUGCACAGGGUAUGUGCGUAAAUCUGAACACUUUGGACCAGGUUUCCCCCCUCCAUGGAGCAUGUCUGCAAGGCCACACAGCUUGCGCCAAGCUUUUGAUGGAAAAUGGGGCAAAUGUUAAUGGUUCAACAGUAGAUGGACAGACUCCCCUCUCAGAAGCCUGCGCUCGGGGUCAUGUGACCUGCGUAACUCUGCUCCUUCAACAUGGAGCCAUUCCCCUGGGGACCAGCCAGACCAGCUCUCCAAUCCACAGGGCUGCAGCCAAAGGUCACAUAGAGUGCAUCGAGCCUCUUGUUCAGCACGGUGCAGAUGUGGAUCAGUAUAUCGACCAAUCAGGGUUCCCUCUCCACGUCGCCUGCUCAAAUCAGCAUUUGAGUUAUGUGAGGAAAUUGCUUCAACUUGGUGCCAGUGUGAACAGCAGUGUGUCCGGUGACUCGCCGCUGCACAUCGCCGCCCGCCUCUCCAGCCCUGAGAUGGUUUCUGUCCUGCUUGACCAUGGGGCCGAUGGCUCCCUCAGGAACGCUGAGGGCAAACAGCCGCUGGACCUGGCACCUCCCAACAGCCUGGUGGAGAGGCUGUUGAGACAAGCAGGAGGAGCCUCUCCUCUCAUGCAGCUGUGCCGGCUGUACAUCAGAAAAAUUGUGGGCAAGCAGAGACUGGGUAUGAUUCACGACCUUCACCUUCCCACAGAAGUAAAACAGUAUCUUCUCUAUAAAUCAGACCCAGGGGGAGAUACAAUGCACUGAAUAAAUCAGACUCUCAGCAUUUCACUUCUAGGUCAGUAGGGGGUGCAGUUGCAUAAUCUUGCACUGAGAAGACAACAUCAAGGCUCUUUGUUAGUAAUCAACUCUAAUCUCCAGUGUGACUGACCUGCGUAAACAAAUUGACUCUCAAGAUCGAUCUGGACUUUUAUGUGUGAAUUUAGAGCAAGUCUUCAUCAUUAACUAUUCAUAACCAUAAAAAACAUACAUAUUCAAAAUGAGAAUAUGGGCUCAUAAAGUCUGAUAAAUGUUGCAUUAUUAAUGUUAAAUAAAGGUUUAAUAAACUAAAACAAUAUUAUGUAACCCACACAACCGUCUACAUUCAGCUUAUAUGGUAGGUUUUGUUAUUUGAAACUUUCUGUUCUGGUUUUGGUUUUCUUUUGAAAACUAUCUUACUCUCAAACGAAAUCUUGUUCAUGUCCGUUCGAUGCUAUCCACACAAAAUUCCUGCAAAUGGUGAAUUGUAUAUCAUCCUUACAUGGCAUGUAGAGACACUUUUUUCAAGAGCAACAUUUAGAAAAGCAUUUCAGUCGAUUUACUGACAACAUACAGUAAUCUCAAAGGCGAAUCUCUGCAAGUGAGAACAAUUUUAAAGUGAACGCAUCAAUAGAGAGGUAGGACUUGAUCAAUUAUACAAACAUAUUUUUGUACUGUGAUUGUCAUGACUAAAUAAUUAAAUCGUGGCAGAUAUCCUCUUUCCUAUUUUAAAUCCAGAUAUAUCUGGAGUCUCUCUCCGGCUGGGGGGAGAUUUUAGUGUUUUAUAUGUCCUUUGUGGCUGAAUUGCUUCUAUGUUAAACCAGAUAUUUUAAGCAUGGUCAUGCUCUACUGAGGAAUUAGUCUACAUAACCAGUAACUAUGAGUCAGCAGAUUAGGAGCACAGACCACCAGAGGUUUGAAGCACUAAAACCCAUUAUCUUUGAAUUACCUCUUGCACCUUAUUUUAUUUGAAGGAAUUAUGUUCCUUAUUAAUUGAGUGUGUUGAAUUGAAUGUGUUAUUUUGGAUUGUAAAGUGUAUUUUAUAAUGUUCCUACAGAUUUGAAAAGAAACAAAAAUAAAUAAAUGGAUCUACAGAU